AUGCACCAGGCUGGCCGGCUCGCUCCGGUUGUUUCCUGCCGGCCGUGCCGCCCAUUGUCUCCCAUCUGGAGCCGACCGUCGGGGAGAUUGAGUAAGAGUGGGGUGGGGUCUGGGAGAGAUGGAUCGGGCCUGCUUGUGUCGGGGUUGGUUGGGGAGCAAGGGGAGGUGGUGCAGCCUGUGCAUGUGCGGACAGCUGAGUGGGUGGAGAGCGAGGAUUUCAAAGAGUCACAGGCGCAGCAGAGGAAGGAAGGCGGUGGUGACGAUGCGACAUCAGCGGCAGGGACACCCAAGGACCAGGAGGGUGGGAGCAGAGCGGGAACGCCCCGCGGGCAAAAGCGGACGUUGGAGCGGAAUGGAGCAGAGGGAGAGGACGACGACGAUGACAAUCCGGAACCGGGUCGCUUGCUGCUUAGGAAUCGGGGGGCUGCCAAGUUUGCUUGUUGCAUCCGCCCACGUGUUGUUGAUUGA